GGACCAGAAACAACCUGACAGACCUGAAAUAUUCACAAUGGGUGAACUUAGCAAAUACGAGUAUUUUGGUAUUUUAUUAUUUAUGUUUGUCUACCAUUAUCCGAGCACAAACUGUCUGGGUUAGUCGGCCCAUCUCCUAUAACUGAUAAUUACAUAAUAACCAAUAAAUUGUGUACGAUAAUUCUGGUUUUUUAUUAUUUAAACCCUUGCAAUUACAAAAAAGAAUAGUAACAAGUUUUAUUGUUAUUUUAAGAAGUCACCAAAGUUAAUUAUUUUUUAUAUUUAUUAAAGAUUAAUGAUAUUUUUAAGGAAUUAAAACAAAAAAAUAAACAUCUUCUCACGUGACAAUGAACACCAAUCAGAGAGCGUGACGUCAUAGAGUGCACUCGCCAUUGUUGUUGUUGACGUUUUCAUAGUAAACACAAGUGCUCUAGUAACUUUCCUAUUUUUUGCAUUGGAAGCAUCUAAUUGAUCAGUUUUAUCUAUUAUUCUUAGAGCUUAAAAUAAUUAGCGAUGGAGUCCGGAUUUAGUAAAGCAAACUCUACAUAUCUACCGAAAAUUGAUGCUGUUAUGCUCGGAUCAUUUUUCGCAACAAACAGUGAUUUUUACUCUUCGGAAUUUCGCAAUGUUACAUAGACGUUUAUGUAAGUAAAAACAAAUGUAAACCAUUUUGAAAUAAAUAUUAUAUGAAAUAAAUUCAAUUUCUUUUAUAAACAGAUUAUAUUUGUGAACAUAACAACUUUGAUUUUCACUGGUUUUUAGGUUAUAUGUUAUGUGAAGUAUUCAAUAGCUAAACAGUUGCAUUUAUUUUCAGAUCUUCUCGAGCUUCAUACGGAGACGAUGCUAUAAGCUACGUGCAGUUUAAACGUGACGCCAAAUUGUGUACUGUGAAGUGUAAAAUAUGCCCAGAACACAAAAUUUACGCAAAGCUCUAUGGAUGCACAUUAAUUAUUGACGAAGACAAUGACGUGAUUGUCUCGUUAAAAUGUGAUGACUGUAUUGCGUCAAAAGGUGGUUGCGAACAUGAAAUCGCUUUUUUAUUUUGGGUUCACUGUCGCAGCGAGGAACCAUCGUGCACAUCAACGGAGUGCUACUGGAAAAAAUCCAAGCUGUCAAGAGAUGGAAGUUCUUUGAAGUCAAUUACAGCCAAAGAAUUGUCAAAGGGCAGUCUCUUGUUGCCUGCACAUAACUCAGUUUAGUCUAAGUUUUUAGAAGAAGGAAGGAAGAGGAAAGAGGAUUGCGAGCUUUUAAAAUAUCAAUCCUUUUAUUCUCCAAGUGAUACAGAGCAACUCUCAAUGCACCAGCUGGUCUUAAAAUUUAAAGAGAAGUGUGUGGACACAUUUUUAAGUAAAGUUAUUAUAACACCAGUUUUAAUAGAGAAAUUUAUGGAAGUGACAAGUGGCCAAUCAAAGAGUAAUCUUUGGUUUGAAUUAAGAUAUGGUCGGCUAACUGCAUCAAGAGCUUUUGAAAUCCGUAGUAAAGACUCUGAUGGCACACUUGUAUGAUUAAUAUUAGGUGAGAGUUCCAGAAACAAAACAUAUGAAACGUGGUUAUGUGCUAGAAGACCAAGUGAGAAUGACUGUGGAAAAAAUGCUGGGCAAGAAAAUUAAGAAGUGUGGCCUGGUAUUGAGUUCUAAAUAUUCAACGAUUGCUGGUUCUCCAUAUGGGAUAUGUGAGGAUAGCAUAAUAGAAAUUACCAGUCCUAUUAGUUGUAAAAUUUAUGUCAAUUAUAUUAAGAAUGGCCAGCCUACAGAAAAAUGUAAUAUCCAAAUACAAUUACAAAUGUAUUUGACUGGGAAGAAAGAUGCUUUCUUUUGUGUAGCUGAUCCUGACUUUGCUAUAAAUAAAAAAGUGGAAAUUAUAAGUGUGCAAAUCAAUCAUGAAUAUAUGGAAAAAAUUAUCUGCGAGAAAUUAGUGCCCUUCUGGAAACGUAAUAUAUAUCCAUUAUUAUACAAGAGCGUAAUAUAAGAUUAAAUAUAUAAAAUAUAAGAUUAGAUAUUGGGAGGUCUGUAAUCUGCUUAAUAAAAAGCUUUUAAAGCAUUUAUUUGUUUUAUUUUAUUAAAGAGUUUUGCAAAUUAACUAAAGCACAUGCUAUAAUUAUUAUAUCAUCAAGCAUUUUAAUAAAGUUAAAAUUCAUACAAGCAAGUGGCUUUAGCAUACAAAAUUCUCGUAGUCGACGAAUGAUAUGCUCUAUAUGGAUUCUUAAGCUAGCUAUCUGUUUAGUUAACCUUGCUUCAUUUUUACUUAUUUUAAAUCCACUUUCAACACUUGGAGGUCUUACUAAUGUUACUCCUGACUUACAGAGAUAUUGCUCCACAUGUUUGAAACCUCUAUCUGCCAAUACACACAUACAAGGCUUUAUUGUCUUUAGAAAAUCACUUGAUUACACCAAAAAGGUGUCUGUUAUUCGGCCCCCAAAUCCAGGGGAAAUGUAAUUUAUUAAUCCAUUUGGUGUGCAGGAUACUAAAUAUUCAAUUGUAUUGGCCUUUUUAUAAUCUGGUUAGGGCUUGAUUUAUACUGCCUUGGAUGGUUUCUGCACCUCAAUUUCAAGGCAGUCAAUAAUACAACUCACAUUGUGAUAAUUGUGUCUAAAUGCAAAAGGUAAGGUUCAUUUAGUCAUUUCACUGUCUAGAUUAACGAUAAAAGGUUGCAUAACACUGGCUAUCAAAGGUAUAUUUUUAAUAAAUAUCUUACUCAAAUAUGAUGGAGUCAUUCCAUAAUCAUCUGCUAGUUGAUUAAAUGUACUAUCCAGCCUUAUUUUAUGCAAACAUAACAAUAGAUGAUGUUGUGGUAUAAUUUAUACUGUCUUUAAUUAUGUCUAUCAAGUAAUAACAAAUGUUUGAAACACCAAUGUACAACCGAGGCUUCUUCUCAAUUUUUCUUAGUGUGUUUAAUAGAGUCUCUAUAGCUAACCAUUUUUUAUCUUCUUUAAGUAAUUCACUACAGUCUGAUGAUGAUAUAAUUUGUAAUGAGUGCACUGAAGGUGAAUGACUUCUGGUGGCUGGUGUGUACAGAGAAAUAUCACUGUCCGAGUGGUUACCCUCAGUAAAUAUAUUUUUUGUUACUUUUCCCGCCUUGGAAGUUCUUGACUUCUUAAUAGUAUUUACUUUAAAUGGAGAAGUGAAACUUGAUACUAAUGAUGGUUUCAAUGGUGACAAUGCCUGAUCUUUGAAUUUGACUUGAGCUUGCACAGCCUUGCUUCUGAUUUUGUAUGUUACUACUAAUGCUUGUACUGACUUAUCUGCUGUUUUACUUAUGUUUUCUUGCACAUUUUCUUUGGUCAACUGGAAAUCUGAAAAUAAAUUAAAAAUUAUUAAAGUGAUACAACUUGUUCUUUGUAUUACUUACAUAUGUUAGAUACAUACUUGAAGUGAUAUCAGAAGUAUCUUUAGCUGAACUUGGUAUACAACUUUCAUCAUAUUCUUUCAGACACUCAGCAAUGGUCAUCAAUCUUUGUUUCUUCAAAAUGUCUGGCCGGUCUGUGCUGCUGCUUGUACGUUUUCUUCUGUCUUCUUGGCACUCAAAUUUCUUUGGAAUGCAACCUGAUUUCAUGCGAAUUUUCGAUACUUUCCCCAUGAAUUGGUAUUCUAUAUAGUUCAUCAUAUCAUUUGGCAUCUAAAAAAUUUAAUAAAUAUGUAUUCAAUAACAAAAUACAACAUAAAACUAAAUAAGUUAGAACCCAAUUAAACUCAAAUAAUUCAGUAAACAAAGUAUGCAUUAUUUGUUUAUGUUCUUCAUCAUUAUACAGGAAUAAUUUAAAACCACUGCGAAGAUUUUGUGAAAAUAAACUUUAAGUAAUUUAAAUAAACACGUAUUUUUUAUUUUGAUAUGUUCUAAUACUAAAAAAUAAAGUUAUCGCUUAUCAAAGAUCAAGAUUUUAAAACUUAAUUUAUGGACACCGCGCGCCGUGCGUCAGCUGAGCGCUACUCGUAGGUACCUAUCUACACGGGUCACUGAACGCUCAUUUUGUUAGAUUCGAACUAGAUUUUAUGCCAUGAUCUGAGGUGAUUUCUAAGAUUAAUUCCAAUUUUCCCUUCAUACUUUUAUGGUUAAGGCCAUCAAAAUACAAAAAAAAUAAAAGAAAAACAAAUUCAUUACCUAG